AUGUUAAUUUAUUGUACACUUUUUUCUAUAGUUAUUCUUUCUUGUCUCAUAUUCUACAAAAGAUAUACUCUAUCAAAGUAAAGAGCAUAAAGAAAACAAUAAGAGUAUUUUGAGACUGGAAUCUCAAAAUAAACAGUAGCAUUUCUACAUCCUCACUGUAAUGCAGGAGGAGGAGGAGAGAAGGUGUUAAUGUGCAUGAUUGAAAAACUGUAAAAAAAAUAAAAACAUAAUAUUGUUGUAUAUUCAGCAGAAGAAGUUGAUGAUUAAUCAAUCAUAGAUAAAGCCAAUACAAGAUUUAGCACACAAAUUAAUAAUUAAGAUCUUAAAUUCAUUCCUAUUUUAAAUAAAAAGCUACUUGAACCUAAAAAGAGAUUUACUUUACUAUGUUAGAUUAUAGGUUAAAUGAUAUACGCUUUGAAAUGCAUCAAUAGUUUCUAACCAGAUAUCUUUUUGGAUUCAACAGGAUUGCCAUUUACAUUUUUUAUUGUUAAAAUCUUAUUACCUAAUGUAAGAGUGAUUGCUUAUGUUCAUUAUCCAUUCAUCAGUACAGAUAUGAUUUCUCAGGUGGAGAAGAAAGAAGCAAGAUACAAUAAUGAUGAUGAAAUAACAAAAUCAGAAAGAAAAACAAAGUUUAAAUUAUGGUAUUAUAAAUUCCUAUUCUUUUUUUAUUCAUUAUGUGGAAAGAUGGUGGAAUUUGCUUAUGUGAAUUCAACUUGGACAUAUAAUCAUAUGAAAUAGACUUGGAAAUCAACUUAAUUAAUUAAAUUAUUUCCACCUUGUUAAGUAGAUGCAUUUAUGAAGAGAAAAUAAUUUACAAAUUAAUUUAUUAUUAUUUCAUUUGCAUAAUUUAGACCAGAAAAAUAACAUCUAUUAUAAAUUGAGAUUGUUGAAGCUUUAGUUGAUAGAUUACCUUCUGAAAUAUCACAAUCUAUAAAACUAUUUAUGAUAGGAUCUUGUAGAAAUGCAGAUGAUGAUCUUUUAUUUUAAACUAUUUAAGAUACUAUUAACAGAAAGAAUCUUCAAGUAUAUAUAUAUAUAUAUUAUUUAAAUAGGAUUAUAUUACUAUGCAUAAGAAUUUACCAUUUUAAGAUAUACAAAAGCUUUUGACUUCUGGUAUGAUAGGAUUACACACCAUGGAAUAUGAACAUUUUGGAAUUACCUUAGUAGAAAUGUUAGCAGCUGGACUUAUUGUUGUAGCGCAUAAUUCAGCAGGACCAAAAUUAGAUAUCUUAGCUAAUGAUGUAGGAUUCUUAUGUGAAAAUCUUGAAGAUUAUGUUUUAUCUAUUGUAAGAAUAAUGCAAUUAACAGAGUAAUAUCUAUUUAUUAUUAUUUUAUUAGUGAGGAUAGAAGCAGAUAUCAAUUAUUGGGUAGAAAAUAAGCAAUCAAUUUUAGCGAUGAGUCAUUUAAGGAUUUAUUUAAUAUUUGAUU